UGAAGGGACCUUAGAGCUGGUGAAGCCAGCCACCUCAGUGGACGGCUGUGGAACUAGGGGUCAGGGAAGGGGACAGAUCUGUUCAAGUUCCCAUAGUAAAUUAGUAACAGUGUUACAACUAGAACUCAGACUCAGGAAACACUCAUCAACAUCAUUAUUCUCUCUGUUUAUGAUAACUUAUUAUAAAAAUUUUAAUUCAUAAGAUGGACCUCUACUCAACAUUUAUUAUAUAUAAGGCAUGAUGCUAGGCACUGUGGAGGAAUCAGAUGGUCACAGAACUUACUCAACAAACUUACAACCUAGCAGGGAAGAUAACGCAUGUACACACACAUAGAUGAAAUGCAAAGUAGAUAAGACAGGUCCAGCCUACUUUGAAGCAUGAGUUCCUACCAGCAGAAGCAGCCCUGCAUCCCACCCACUGAGCCUCAGCAGCAGCAGGUGAAACAGCCCUGCCAGCCUCCACCCCAGGAACCAUGUGUCCCUGAAACCAAGGAGCCAUGGCACACCAAAAUGUCAGAACCCUGUCACCCCAAGGUUCCUGAGCCAUGCCAACCCAAGUCUCCAGAGCCCUGCCACCCCAAAGUUCCAGAGCCCGGCCACCCCAAAGUUCCAGAGCCAUGUCCUUCACCAGUUAUCCCAGGGCCAGCUCAGCAGAAGACCAAGCAGAAGUAAUUUGGUCCACAGCCAAGCCCUUGAGGAGCCAACCACCGGAUGCUGAAUCUCCUCUCCCAUUCUACUUCUGCAUCCCAUUUACAAUUAAUGUGCUGUCACCCUGAGUCAUAACCCCUCCCUCUUUGCACUCUCUAAAAAAGUUUUCCUCACACUCAGUCUGGAGGGCUCCUGAGCCUUUGAAUAAGGCUGAAAGGCUCAUUGGCUGAGCUAGUCUUCUGGCUGCUCAGGGCUCAUCUGAAGAGGGAUAUUGGGAUCAGGGGAAUCAAGUGAAUUUUCCUGCUCUGCCCCCAUUAAAUCACUUUUAACUCCAUAA